UUUCGGCCUCCUCUCUCUCUCUCUCAAACGUAACAAGCUCCUCUAUUCCAAAACGAGAAUCCAACCUAACAAAACCCUAAUUUUCUCUCCCCAUAUCUCUUUCUCUCCCUAUCUCUCUCUAAUGCCCAGCCUUUUCUUUCUCAAUUUUCUUUAAAACUAUUCAUCUUGAUUAUAUAUAUAUAUAUAUCUUUAUCUCCGACUUUCUCUAUCAAAUUUCUCUCGCUCUCGAUCUCUCUUAGAAACCCUAAUCAUCCGCUUGCACAUCAUCAUCAAACGAAUUUCUGAUCUAUCGAAUAUUUCAAAUCACAAUAGAUUACAUAACAAUCUUCGUUACAUCUAAAUUUCUCUUUCUUGCACAGAAAUAUUUAUAUCUUCAUUGGUAAUCCUAACAAUCUUUCAGAAACCUCUGAUGUUAUUUUAUUUUUUAAUUUAUUAAUUUAUUAAUUCAAUAAUCGAUUGGGACAAACUUCUCAAACGAUAAUUUUAUUUUGCUUAUUUUUGGAUUUUUUUUUUCCUGAAAUAAAUUUUUUUCUUAGCUUUCUGAAACUCAUAUCAAAUUGUUAGAAACUUUCUGGUAUUCCAAACAGUAUUUGGGUUCUUGUUCGUUUGGGAUUAGGAGAGAAACAAUGGGAGGUGGUAACAGGAGGGACGACGGAUCGUUGGUGAUCAGCCAUAACAACGUGUUUGCAGCGCUUGAGAGUCUUAGGAAGAAGAAGAAAACUGAUAAGUCAAAGAGCAAGGGUUCUUCAAUUGCCCAAGCGAAGGAAGCAGAGAAUCAGGUUUACUGGGCCCCUGCGCCACUGAAGGUGAAAUCGUGGGCAGAUGUUGAUGAUGAGGACGAUGACGAUUAUUAUGCGACCACGGCUCCUCCUCAAUCCGUUUGGGGUUUGUCGGCACCUCAGCCUGUUGAAGAGAAAUCAGCUCCUGAAGAGGUAAGUGAAAGUGAAGAAGAUAUUCUUGAUGAAGGUGAUGAUGAAGUGGAGGAAGAGCAUGACCUGGAACCAGAGGUUACUGUACAUCCUAAGCCAGUGGUAAAGAAGGCUGCUGAAGUUUCUUCAGCACCUAAAGAGGCAGAAAGACAACUUUCUAAGAAGGAAAGGAAGAAAAAGGAGCUUGCAGAACUUGAAGCCCUUUUGGCUGAUUUUGGAGUUGCCCCAAAGGAGGAAAAUGGCCAUGAUGAAUCUCAGGAUGUUGCAAAAGAGAAGAAAGAAGGGGGACCAAAUGGAGAUGGAGAUAGAGAUACGGAGAAGAAAGAAAAUGGCCCUGCAGAGUCCAAAAAUGCUAAGAAGAAGAAAAAGAAGGAUAAAUCUUCCAAGGAGGUGGUGAAGGAAUCACAUGAUCAGACCAACAGCUCAGAUGCAACUAAUGGACCAGUGAAUGCUGCUGGGACCGAGCAAGCAGAAGAAGAUGCAUCUACGGUUGAUGUAAAAGAGCGGCUAAAGAAGAUGGCAUCUGUGAAGAAGAAAAAAUCAGCUAAGGAGAGGGAUGCUGCUGCAAAAGCUGCUGCUACAGAGGCUGCUGCAAGGAGUGCAAAGCUUGCAGCGGCAAAGAAGAAAGAGAAGAACCAUUACAACCAGCAGCCGGUGCGGUAGAAGCUCCAAUUGUUUUGACAUACAUAUGAACCAUCGUUAUAUCUGAUUUUGUUCAUUUGCCAAUACGAAAUAAACAGCAGCGGCUCUGGGCUCUGGGCUCUGGUUUCGUAAAAGAUGACCUUUAGUAGUUUUGCCAUGGCAUUCACUUGCCCUUUCCGCUCAUUUAUCAUUGUGAUAUCUUCUACUGCCCGUGACGGUUUUGCUCAUUGAGAAAUCAUUUCCUUUUUGGUACUUGGACCCAAUUGCUCCAUUGUAUUAUAAGAGUACUAAUUUCCCCAUCGUCGUGUACCUAUUGAUCUUUAAAGUUGACGAUGGCUCCGUGAAAAAGGUUUUACAUUUUCGUCUUGUACACUCCUUUCUACUGAAAUGGUACCCAAUUCUUGUUUGGAGAGUC